GCAUUUUCUGUGAAGCUAAGCUGUGUUUCCCUUCCUCUUUCAGACAGCCCAGAGGUCCUGGCUGUAGUGGAGGCCUUGCUCCUGCAGCUGAUAGAUGUCGGGCUUCCCUCCACCUCAGGGAGCAUCGUCCACACUGCCACACAGCUUCUGGAGGCGCGGGGGGUCACCAACGUCUUCUGCUGCGAACAGGAGGUGGACAAAUGGUUCAGCAGCUUCCGGGGGAGGCACUCGGACCGCCUGCCCCAGGAGAGCAAGGACAGGGCGCAGCUUCUGCCGCUCCCCGUCAAGCAGGAGUUGCAGCAGUGGGUGGAGAAGCUGCAGCGGGACAUGGCCUCGUUCCAGAAGGGGCCAGCCGACCGUGUCUACUACAUGCAGGAGCUCAACUUCUUCCUGGACAAGCACACUCGCGAGAUCAAGUUCCACCGGAUGUUCCCGGGGAAGGUGCACUGCUCCAACGAGAAGGACACCGUGUCCGUUCUGUUCACCCUUGGUGCGGACGGGGAGCGCGGCCCGGGUAUCGUGAUCUUUCCCCGGAUGGUUAUGCCGGAGAAGCUUUUUGCGUCUCUGAAGAAUACGGAGGGAGGCAGUGACUGGGUGCUUGGGUCCUCUAUGAAUGGCUGGCUCUACAGUGACUGCAUAGUAGAGUUUGUCAGUGAUGUGUUCGUCCCGUGGCUCAAGAAGAAACACGCCAACUUCCCCGUGGCUCUCUUCACCAACGAAUACAUCUCCAACAUCCGCCUGACCAAGAUGAGCGAGUGCUUGCUGACUCAGGGCGUCCAGCUCAUCCCUGUGCCCCAGAACAUGUCUCUUCUGCUCAGUCCUGCCGAGUGGAUUGUCGUGGAGUAUUUCCGCAUGCACUGGGGGAAGGCCGUGAGCGACUGGAGCGGCAAGAACGGCCUGAAAGCUCUGCUCGAAGAGAACUUUGCACCCUUCAUCAUCAGCUGCAUUAGUGCCCAGGCUGCCCCUGCUGAGGUGCGGGCCAAGUUUGAGAAAUUUGGCAUCUUUCCCUUCAACCCACAGGCAGUCUACAGAUGCUUGCGCUCACAAAAACACGAGUGAUGUUAAAAAAAAGUAGAUCAGUAUUUUUUACAAAAGUUAAAUCUCAUUAUUGUAUUUCUGUAUCCCAGUAUCGGGUUUGCUGCUGACUGUGUCGGUGGAAAUCUGCUGAGCUUUGUAAAAUGACCUUUGGAGCCAAAGAUUUUGAAGAACACAGUGUCUGGUUGACACAUGGAUGUACUUAGCAAUACGUAAUAAUUACAUGUUGUGCUUUGUAUUAUAGGCUUUAUCAAUAGGUUGGAACCUUGUUCUAGGAAACCUUUGUAACUGAUGAUAAAUGCUUUUGUACUCGCAUCAUAAAGACAAAUUGUAAGUGUAUUUUUACUUUUGCGUUUGUUAAUACUCUAUAUUUUUGUACAAAAGGGGAGUUCUAAUUUUUGUGUGUUAUGUUCUUGCGGCUGCGAAGUGACGGUGAGACCAAGAGAGGGAGAUUCGACCCUCUGGCUGAGAAUGAGGGAGUGAGAGACAGCCCUCGCACUCGGCUUCCUGUACUUGCUCGGAGUAUAGAAGAUGUUGAAUCUCACUAAUCGAGAUCUUUGUUUUUCGUUGAAGCUGGCUGGCCUUUACGUAUGAAAAUGUAUGCUUCAUUACAUGGGGGUUCACUUCAAAACAGGUAUUAACGACAACUACUAAUUUUGUUUUCCGCAGUUAGCCAGUUUUCUACCUCAUAUAUGUUCCUAUUUACAGUUUCUUUGUAUACCUUGCAAGUAUUGGAGGUGAAUAAGAGCCAGAAGAUACAUUGUCUCUGUUUUAAAAGUAUAGCACAUUUGUUCUUGUUCCUUUCUUUUGGCCUUUUGUAUUUGAAGAAAAGAAAAGUGUUCCUUUUUAUAUAUGUAAAUGAAAAAAGAAAAACAGAUUGUUCUUUUACAGAAAACAAAUGUAUAACUGAAAACAUUUAUAAAUAUAUAGUGUCACAGAAGCAAGGUUUAUCAAUAUACAAACGUGGAAUGGUAUGUACUCUGUGUGUAUACAUGUAUGUAAGUGAAAAUUUACUAUAACUGGAAAAAAAAAUGUAUAGAGACCAUAUUGGUUUGUUAAGGAAUAAAAAAUAAGAAUGGCUUAAGUCUGGUCCAGUAAGACACAGUUUGUUGGUGCUGUAUUAAAUGGUGAUAGAAUAAGAGUCGCAGGUUUGUGAACUUAUGCCUGUAAGCAAAUUCAAUAAUAUGAUUUUGUUUUCUGAAACACUUUCUUAGGAAAGAUGAAGAAAAAGAUUUGUUUACUUGACUGUUUUAAUUUUAUUAUUAUUAUACACUAUUUUUAAGUGUCCUUGUCUUUUUUUUUUUCGUUUUCGUUUUCUUGUUUAUGUACAGUACAGAAUAUUAAGAUAUUUAUCAAUAUUGAAACUUAAGAUAAGGAGUGGUAAAUAUUAAAUUAAAUUGUUCAUAUCACUGCAUAUCUUAUUUUGUUUUCUUUUUUGCUCUAAAAUAAAUUCUACAAUUUCUUAGUAAUCUGUAAUGGUAUAAGAUAUAUAUUUACACAUAUUUAAAUGUUUAUUUUUUAUUGUUAUAAAUUCAUACUAUCUGAGUCAGAGAGUGGGAUUCAGAAAUGCAACUUAAGUGCAGGAUCUCAAGUGAGAGUGAGAGAGCGUCUGAGAGUUGGUGGUUCUCAUUUUGAUAUCAUAUUCUCUGGUAAUAAAAGCUUAGAUAAACAAACACAA